AUGUUGAAAAAAUAUUCAUCAUGGGCAUCAAUGCAAUCUUCACCUUCAGUGAUCACCGAUGUGACCAUGAUAAAAUCAGUACUAGUGAAAGGUGAUGAACAAGAACAACAAUCAUCUAAAAACUUCGAAGAAAUUGAAGCUAGUUCACAUAUGCAUAUUAAUGAUGAUAUACAAUCAUCAUCGACAAGAAUUAAUACUCGAGCUAUACAACCAGCUAUGAUUUCAAAACAACGUGUAUCUUUUUUUGCUGCACCCAUAAGUAUUUCAUCUUCAACAACAAAUGAACCAAAUAAAGUAUGUUCAAUUGAAAAACCAUCAAAAGUUUCAUCAUCAACGAUGAAACGAAAUUCUAAACAUAAAUAUCGUCACUAUCAUCAUCGUAAUCGUCAUCAUAAUCAUCAGCAACGAGCAAAAUCUGUUGGACAACAACCAAAACUUCUUUCUCCAUCAAAAUUUACAAUUAAGAAUUCAAAACAUGUUGAUCAAAAUCAACAACCAAAGAUUAUCUAUCCCAGAGUAUCUAAUAAUACAGAUCAUUCAAUUGACAUGAAUGGUUUAGUAAAAUUUUCUCGUGAAACUGAUAAUAAAACAGCAUCAAUUGAUGAUCAAAAAGCACCUUCAGUUGUCAAUCGUGAUGUUGAUAUUCAACGAUCAAUAGUAUCCAAGAGCAUUUGUCAAUCAGUCUUGCCUAAUAAAGAUCAAGAAAAAAAAACAAGUCGAGGAAAUAUUCCAUUAAAAACUAUUGAAAAUAAAAUCGUUUCUCAACGAGUAGCACCUACAAAUGAAACUCAAGUUGGUAAUUAUUGUCCAAUGUGUUGUACUCAAUCUACUCCUUCAUAUAUAAAUCCAUGCUGUGUUGAACCAACUGAACGGAUCUAUGUUGAUGAUAGUUGUUGUAUUCCAUCAACAACAAUCAAUUGUGGUGCAUCAAAUUCUUGUGUAAUUCCACAAUAUGAUCCAAUUGUUUGUGUCCCUCAACAACAACACCAGCAACAACAAAUAAUCAUAUGUACUGAUCCUAUGCAACAAACAUUAUCACAACAACAAUAUGUUUGUCUUGAAAAUACACCACAAAUAUCUUUUUGUACGCCUUUAUCAGCAAAUUCAUCGCCACAAUCUUUAAUAUGUGUACCACAAACACCAUGCCAAUCAACUUCAAGUAUUGUUAUUCAACAACAACCUCAAAUACAAGUUUUACCAUUACAAAUUAUUUCAAGUUCACAAACACCAGCUGCACAAUGCAUGCAAAUAUGUCCAAAUACUCCACAAGCUCUUCAAACACAACCGACUAUUCAAAUUUCUACACCAAAUGUUACAGUUACUCCACAAGUUCUUUAUCAACGUCCAUAUGAUACCGUUGUUUUACCAGCUCAAAAGCAACAACUAGUUUGUGCAACUCCUCCUGCUGUAGCAUUGAGUCGGCCAUCCUAUGCACCGGUGUGUGUUGCACCAGCACCACGACCGUCCGGACCAACCAUGUUUCGUAAUGCUCUUAUUCGAACUGUUGCUCAAAAAAGUGGUUUACAAAUCGCCGUUUGUGCACCUGCACAACAGUCAAUGGUUUGUAGGCCUGCACAACAGUCAAUGGUUUGUACACCUGCACAGCAGCCAAUGGUCUGUACACCUGCAUCACAACCAAUGAUUUGUGCGCCUGCACCACCACCACCACAAAUGGUCUGUGCACCUGCAUCACCACCAAUGGUUUGCACUGCAAGGUAA